AGCUCCAGCCAGCUAGGAGCACGGAGGCCGGUGCCUGAGCACGGCUCCUCCAGGGGUCCAAGCCCUCCAGGAGGGCAAUGGUGGGAGGCGCGCAGCUUCUCCCAGCCAGCCAGUAACCAGCACAAAGAAGCAAACCUCGAGCGCAGCCCCUCCGGGGCAAUCCAGAUGGUUGCUGCUUCUCUGCUGCCGGGGGUUGAGUGGAGGGUGGGGGGAAGUGUCGCAACCUCAGAUCCGCUGGGGUCAAGCAGCAAUACAACCCGAGUGGGUUCGGGGAAAGUACCAACUUCAGGUUCGCAGAGUCUGCGUCGCCUCACCGCGCCGCCGCUUCAGCAGGCCACUUUUGCUCACGUAGCCACCGCUUCACCGGGCGCCGCCACCACCGCUUCAUCCGGCGCCGGGAUCGCCUCCGCAGGUGUUGCUGCCUGUUCACCGGGCCGCCGCCAUCAUGAACGCCUCGUUUUCUGCUUAGAUGUGGAUGAAUGUGCCAGGAACUCCACUCUUUGUGGCCUCAACUCCAUCUGUACCAACACCCCAGGAGAAUUCCAUUGCUCCUGCCUGCCUGGGUUCUUUUCACCUGUUGUCUGGACCCCUGAGAAACCAGAGGAUUUCAGGUGCACAGUUGGUGCUGGUCUCUGGGUGGGAGCUCAGCUGGGCCCCUCGGUUUCCAUAUGGGGCCUUCCUCAUGGUCGCUUGGGCUUCCUGGGAACAUGGCAGCUGGUUUGCAGUAAGGGAAGCUGCAAGAGGAAGAAAGCAGAAACUGGCUCCUUCUGCGCACUGAUGAAUGCCACCUUCAGGGUUCUGGAUGACGCCUGUGAAAACAAGACCACUGAGGUUUCUCUGAAGAGCACGGCUGAGAGCCUUACCUCUGUGCUUGAACAAACUUCCACAUGGUCCAACUUCACCAAAGAAGAGACAUCCACUCUGGCCUCUGUCCUCCUGGAGAGUGUGAAAAGCAGCACCCUAGCAGCUUUCCUGAAACCCUCAGGCAACGUGACUCAGACUGUUCAGACAAAAUACUUAGAAAUUGAAAGCAAGAUCAUCAAGGAAGAGUGCACUGAAAAGAAUGAGACCUUUCUCCUCAAAGCCAAAGGGAAUGAGAUGAAGAUUGGGUGUUCUACCAUCAACGAAUCUAAAUCUAUAGGGACCACUGGAGUGGCUUUUGUCUCCUUUUCGGGGAUGGAGUCGUUUUUAGAUGAGAGCUUCUUCCAAGACCUUCAGACCCCCUUCACCAAGUCCCAAAGGAAGCUGAAGAUAAAUUCUCGCGUUGUGCAGGGCAUCAUGACUGGGGAGAAGCAAGAUGGGUUCUCUAACCCAGUCAUUUACACGCUGGAGAACAUCGAGCCAAAGCAGCCACUUGAGAUGCCUAUCUGCGUUUCGUGGGACACAGACAUGGAAGGUGGCAGAUGGACACAGUCUGGCUGUGUGAUUCGUGAAGCUUCUGAGAUGCAUACUGUGUGCAGCUGUAACCAGAUGAUGAACCUGGCCAUCAUCAUGGCUUCUGGGGAGCUCACGACGGAGUUCUCCCUGUACAUCAUUAGCCACGUGGGCUUGAUCGUCUCCCUGGUGUGUCUCGUCUUGGCCAUCGCCACCUUCCUCCUGUGUCGUGGCAUUCGCAACCAGAACACCUACCUCCACCUGCACCUCUGCGUGUGCCUCUUCUUGGCUGAGGCGCUCUUCCUUGCCGGUGUAGACAAGACUGACAACCAGACAGGCUGUGCCGUCAUUGCAGGCUUCUUGCACUACCUUUUCCUGGCCUGCUUCUUCUGGACGCUGGUGGAGGCUGUGAUGCUCUUCCUAAUGGUCAGGAACCUGAAGGUGAUGAAUUACUUCAGCUCUCGCAACAUCAAGAUGUGGUACUUCUGUGCCUUUAGCUAUGGGCUCUCGGGGCUGGUGGUGGCCAUCUCUGCCGUCGUGCAACCACAGGGCUACGGGAUGCAUAAUCGCUGCUGGCUGAACCCAAGCACAGGAUUCAUCUGGAGUUUACUGGGGCCGGUCUGCGUAAUCAUCACGAUCAAUUUCAUCCUCCUGACUUGCACGUUGUGUAUCCUGAGGCAGAAGCUUUCUAGCGUCAACGCAGAAAUCUCGACACUCAAAGACACCAGGUUACUGACGUUCAAGGCCUUUGCCCAGCUCUUCAUCCUGGGGUGCUCCUGGGUGUUGGGCAUAUUCCAGAUCGGACCUGUGGCCAGGAUCAUGGCCUAUCUGUUCACCAUCGUCAACAGCCUGCAGGGGACCUUCAUCUUCAUCAUUCAUUGUCUGCUCAACCGCCAGGUGCGGGAAGAAUACAGGAAAUGCAUUACCAGGAAGACCAAACGCAGCUCCGAGUCCCAGACCUCAGGGAUGUUACUGUCCUCUGUCCCCUCCACUUCUAAAACGGGAUGACGAUCUUUCUUACUGCCAGUAUGCUAUGCAGCAACGUUUGAGGAAAGCCGAUGCCUCUGGGAGCCGUCUCUGAAAUCUCUUCACAGCUUAAUGGGCAGAGGCAGAGUCCUGCCUGUCCCAGAGCCCUCUGGGAACCAAGAAUUUCUGUUUCAGAUGAUCGGUUCUGCUCUUUGAGUUUCCAGAGUUUUGUGGGAGUAACAGACCCCAGAGCAAUGGCACGGCCAAGAUUAUCUGGCUACCAUUUUGGUUUCUCCUAAAUCCAUUGGCGUAUGGCUCCAGCACCUGUCAUGUGUUUGACACAGAGUGGCCCU